AUGCCCCUGCGCAGCAGAGAAUGGUUAUCUGGAGUGACAAAUCGUAGGCUGUCCCAGGGCGGGGAAGGUAUUGAUGAAGAUGAGCUUUCAGUUAUAGAAGGAUGCCUCGACUUGGAGGCCGAUAUGGGGGUUCUUAAGGACAGAGCUACCUCUGGUUCUACAAAUGACUCGUCAGACCGGGUAACGGAAUUAGUAUCAAUGCUAUCAGAAGCUGCCGCAGCGAAGGAAUCAGUAGAAGAACGUCUUCCCGUUGGAGGGGAGGUAGACUCGAGCGGGCAGUGGCUGGAGGGGCGAACUGGUUUUGAGUAUGAAGACAGUGAUAUGAGGUUUUUGCCAACUUCUUCAAAGCAGGCAUUUGUUGAGAAUGGUGAAUUCACUGAUGUGACUCCUGCUCUGGACCCCGAUUCCUGGAUGGAUACAAUUCCAAGUAUCAACAUCCCCCCUGCAGAUCAGGGAAUUAAGGAGGUAAUUUGGGUUGGAGGCGACGAGCAAAAGUCUGGACAAGCAGCAGCAUCACCUUUGUCGAGUCGAGAGUCCCCAUUUGGCCUCAGAGAUCUCCUUGGUCCCGACAUUAAAAACCAUCCAUAUGUUCGGCUCCCAGUGGUUGAGGAAGGCGUAGUUCCCAGGCGACUCCGUAUAGCUGUCCUCUUUGCGCGGAAACAAAUAAGACCAUCCCCACACUUUUGCCUGCUCACUUUGAAAAAUAUUUACGCACAGAAAACACUCGACCAGAAGCGAGCAGAUAUCCUCGUAAACGCCGUCGAGCGGCUGAUUUCCAUAACUUGGAUUCAGAGCCAAAGGACACCGAGAAGGACUGCUCCUCGAUACAUUGUUGAAGCAUUAGGAAAUCGUUUCGUGGCAAUAGACGCGAUCGUGUGUGCUAUCGAACUUGUGGGGGAGCACAUGGAGCUUCCACUUUGGUGGGGGAAGUUCACAGCAAGCUUUAAAACGAACUUCCCUCUUCGUCCUCCAGGAUCACGUGGAGGAGAACUACCGCAAUUACACAGGAAUUUGGCAAAACGGCUUGUAGCCGCCAUGGACAUAUACAAGCAGGGGAGACGCCCUCCACUUGGAGAAGUGUAUGCGCUCAAAAAACUUCUAUUCGGCCCUGAACUCGGGCGCCAUAGUUUCAAGGAGAGGAAGUGGGAUCCGUGGAGACGCGAUGGGGAAUGUGAUUGA